GUGUCGUGAAGGAAAGCAAAAUGCCGUCGCCAAUUGAAUCGGUGCUGGCUGUCAGAUUUGACGUGCAGCAGAAUUCAGUGGUGUCAUGUUUUACGAUUGCAAAUUUGCAUCGUCCUCAGUGUGUAAUUCGGUAAAAAGAACGGGUUUCCCGUUAGAAAAAGCAGCAAACGGCACAGUAUCCCCGAGCGGAAAGCUGCCCGACUAGAACGUUUGUCACGGAAAGCAGGCAGCGGUCCCAAAUGCCGAACAGCAAAUAGCCAUCGUGCAGAGCUUCUUUCAGAAGACGAAUGUGUCAGACACGGGGAGAGUGUAGUGGUGUAGAAUUCUAUGGCCAUGGCGAGUUGCCGUCAAUGUUGGCCUAACGAGCUGGGAGCUCCAUUUCUUUAGACGAGUGGCGAACGCCUCCUCCGUGCCAGUUAGCAGGGGCAAUAUUCAGUGUUUGCUUUACUCUGGUUGCGAAAGACUGUUUCAUUUGUGGUGCAUUUCGUUCGCCCCAGCUGGUGGUGGUUUCCGGAGCGAGAAGAAAAUUCCAAAUACGGGUAAUGUCUGCGGCUGAGGGGCAAGUCGUUUACCCAUACAGUAGUGUUCAUCUUGGUGUGCAAACGUCGUACAAAAAGUACCGUGCCCCCAUCGAGGCAUUUUCGUGGUAGAUAUUUCGGGGGGCCCAGUUGCGCUAUGAAGAAAGAAAUAGAAAACGAUUGCAUGGAAAAAUAGUGGCACGAAAAUGAGGAAAGAAUAAAUUGUGUGGUGCGAUAGUGUGCGUGUGUAUGAGUGAGCAAGUGUAUGUGAGUGUGUGCAUGUGUGUGUAGAGAAGACGUCGCGGCGCUGGUAUCAGCAGCAGCAACAGCAGCCGCAGCCGCACCAGAGCAGGCAACGGGUGUGCCAGACGGGAAGGAACGUAUAAGGAAGAGGAGCUAGAAGAAAAGGUUUUCCGAUCCGACGUCUUCGAAGCUUACCAACACCAGCACGUACGUAACCUACACAAACGCACACGUGCACAGCCGCAACUGAUCUAAGUAAGCGGCGGUCUCGCGCGGCUGUCAAGUACGUACGCGAUGAAUAUUGUGAGCAGCAGUAGCAGCAGCAGCAACAGCAGCAGCAGCAGCAGCAGAAGUAGUAGAAGUAGAAGUAGAAGUCAGCAAGGCGAGAAGUGCACGGCUGCGGAAGGUGACGGUGGCCGAUGGUGAGGAGUGAUUUUCUGGCACGUCGGCUUCUUCUCCGAGCCGGUGGUGUUCGGUGGAAGUGGACAGCAGCUGCAGCACUGUCAGGAGAGAACACGUACGAACACACACAUUAACACACUCACCGUCUUCCUGUGCGUGGAAAUGUGUGAAAGAAAAACGAACCAGGCAUUUUACCAAGUUAGGGAAAACGAGUGCAAAAUCACACAGGAAGUUUCAUACGAAAAGGGAAAUCGGUUAUAUACAUACCUAGUUGAAUGAACAUUUGUAUGCAGCUGAUAUUUACGCAAACGGCGAUCCGCGUACAGACAGAACAUCGUCGAGUGUAAAGUAUCGAUAAGUUGCUGUGAACGACCCCCCGGAACCCGGCUGUAUGGGGCACAGUGCUCAAGUGAUGUUAGCUAGACACCCAGUGGAAGUGUGAGGACGUGACGUGCCUGGUACGUUAGAAGAUAUUGUGGCUAGCGGCUGGUGGAUAGGUGCAUUAAGAGGCAAGCGAUUGGUGGUGAACCGAUCUAUACCCUUCGUCCGUCGCUCGAGGGAAUUGGUGAACCAACCAGUCCCAAUAAUUGUUGUACGAGCAGCAAAGAAAUACACCCCAUAUUCGGUGUUGAGCGGUUGUCAUACGGGAGGCGGAGGAGGACACUUCCGCCACCGGGGGUCGGUAGUGGAAUCGUUGCCGGAAUCGAACGAUGGCUCCCUCGCCAGAACUUGGGCAGCCCAAGGCGCCCGACAAAACUGGCAGUGAGGCACAGCACGAGGAACCAUCGACUUCCGGCGAAGUGACCGACCGUACGUGCCCCACAGCAUCCUCUGCCGGAAGUGUUGGUGGUGAGACAGAUGUUAAUAAUAGCUCCGUCGCGACGGGCAGCACCACCACGAGCUCUUCAAUCAACAGCGGCACCACCAGCACGAAAGCAGCAGGAACAACCGGCGCUCCGAUCGGUAUUGUUCCGCCCGUCAUCAGUACGAUGGCCAUGUCGGCUUCAACAACGACCACCACCACCACCCCGGCUACGGCGGUAAAGGUAUCAUCGUCUUUUUCGUCAUCCGCCCUCACGCCAACAUCUGCCGCAUCCAGUAGCCAUGGGAAAGGUGCAGAAAGUAACAAGAACUCGUCAGCAUCAUCCAGCACCACCGGUAACAACAAAGACAGCCACCAACAACAGUCAUUUGCACAGGAACCGCUCGCCACUAUGAAUGAAGAUGCUCUGAAAGCUUUGCUGGAUGAAGCGAUCACUUACAAGUGCCCGAAAGAUCGUGAGCAUAAGAGUGCAACGUUUAAUGAAUUGUUGAGCAAAACGGAACGCGAAGAUCAAGAGCAAAACUUUUCCUUCACAAGUCGGCCGGUGCACAGUAAGCGUGCCUCGGCACGUCCGACACAGGGCGGUUCACUGCAGGACAUAACGGAGGCGACCAAGCAAGAGUACGGAUACACGGAAUAUUGUUCCGGAUCGAGUUUUUCUCACAAACGACACGGUGGCGGAGGUCAUGGCGGUUUCCGCAGCAAGCGCCAAAUAUCGUCGGUUUCCUCGAGGCAGCGCGAGGGCGGCAGUCUGCCUAGUAACGUGAACGAAACGACCACACCGUCCUACAUCAGCGAGCAACCGUUCCUGAACGAAGUGCGCCGUCCGCUCAAAUCAACGUCGGCAAAGUUCUCCGCCAAAAGCAACGACUACGGUGCGCUCCUGCGAUCGGCACCGCUCAAUGCGAUCGGUGCAACUGAUUGGAGCGGAAUCGGUGGGCUGGCCGGUGGGGAGGAAUCUCAAUCGAAUGCUGCCGGUGGCGAGAUCGGUGUUGGAAGCACGAACUUUGGAUUACAGCGGGGUGGCGGAGUUAUUGUUUCCGGGCCCGGAACGGCUGCACAUACUAUCAUCAAUAUGGGUGAGCUCGAUUCGGAUGUGGGUCCGUCCGGUAAUCGUGGACUGUUUUCCGGCCAUGCGAACAACGCACUGCAACAGUUGUGUAUGUUUGUGUCUCAGAACAAUCACUACGAAUCCAGCGCGGACGAGAUCGAAAUGAUGGGAAUGGGUGCGUCCAGCAGUUCAUCGGUUGCCGGUGGCAUCGGCUGCAGCGUUUCGAGUGGUGCCAAUAGUGGCGGAAUCGGAGGGGCCACCGCGUCAUCCGGCACAACCGUUACGUACGGUGGUUCAGGUGUAGAUUCGUACGGUAAUGGAGGCACCAGCAGCAACAGCAGUACAUCCAGCAACAGUAGCAGCAGCGGCAGCGGGGCCAACCUCGUAGGAUCGUCGACGGGGGCCGGCGGUGGACUUUCGUCUUCGGCAAAGAAAGCGUUCUGCUACUCGAAACCCCAGUACACCACGCAGGCGUGCCUGGAAAUAGGGCAGGCGACCAAUCUGAACCGGCCGUCCUCGAUGCACCAUGUCGAUACGACCGUUCCGUUGCCAAUGCUGGAGACGGUACAGCUCGGUUCCACAUAUCCGGCGGUAAAGUGCAUGAUAGACAGCAGCAAAGUGGAUCAGUCCACCAUGAAGUCGGUGCUUUCGUCAAGCAAUCAGUUCAUAUCGACCACGAGAAGUAGUCUCACUUAUCCGACAAUACAGCAAAAGUUCGAUGAGAAUGCAAACUCUGUUUCGCAGUUUGGCGGUAGUGGAAGCGGAGGUGGUGGUUUAGGUGCAUCGAGCAGCGGCAAUCAGAUGGGAGUCGGCGGUAGUUCUGGCAGCGGGUCCGGCAGCAAGAAACCUCGUAAACCCAAAUCCGACCGUAACACCGUGGUGGUGGUGCCGGAAAACAUCGCCGGCUACCGGGGCAAAUCCGAUAUCGAAGCGCUCGUCAGCUACAUCGAAAAUACGGACAAUGAUAAGUCGCAUCCGCCGCAGCACCAGCUCUCACAGCAACAACAGCUGCAGCUUCAACAGCAGCAGCAACAGCAGCAUCAUCAAUCGUCACAACAUUCGUCCUCGAAGGGAGUUGGUCUCGGUGGUGGCAACAGUGCAGCAGGAGGAGGAGCUGGAGGCGUAGGUGCGAAAAACUCCAACUCCAAGCAAACGGGUUCCGGCACCUCGGGCAACAGUAUAACCAGCGGUAGCAGUGGUUUAGGUGGAUCCGCGGCCGACAAUGGCGGGGAGGAGAAAUCCAAGCGCAAGAACGAGAAAAAACGUGAACGUGCAGCCAAAAUGAAGAAAAGCAAUUCGCUCGAGGAGCUUAGCAGCUGCAGCAGAAAGAAGGUCGAGGAGGAAAACACGCGACAAAAUCACGUCGAAAAAGCGCGCGCACAGGAAACGGAUCCGGCCGUCACGCUGCGUAACAGUAAGUCGAAAAAAACGGCUCAAGCUGCAGCAAACGCCGGUACCGGCAGCGGUGCUUCCGCUGCAUCGGCAUCCAAUCUGACCGGAAGUAAGGACGCCGGAAGCGGGGGCGGCAAGCGCUCGGAGCGAAGGUCCUGGGGCACGGAAGAGCUGACUUUCUUCGGUAACGAGGCGUCCACCGCAUCGGUUCAAGCCGGUGGCGAGGAAGGUAUUGCGGUUGGUGCUACUACGGGCGUAAGUGGUGGAAAAGGCAAGAAGGCCAAAGAACACAACGCAACAACGGCCGGCGUGUUGAGCGCCAACAGUGGAAGCAAAACCAGCGGCUCCACUGCGACCGCCGCAUCAGACGUAUCGUUGGCGUUAAAUCAUAAUCAUAAGAAACGCGACUCACUGCGAUUGUCGGUCGAAUCGCUGUCGGCCCUUGGUGGUGGUGGUGGCGGUGCCGGUGGAGAGUCGUCCGAUUUUCACGUCGUUACGAAAAAGAAGAAAACUAAAAAGAAGGCCCAAACGCUCGGUUCGGAAGAGGUGAAUACUGCCACCACUGGAUCCGCGUUGGUUAAUCGACGGUAUCAAGGUGGAGCUGCGGCCCAAGCGAUGGCCGGCGGCAGUUAUGCACGUAACGCGUCCAACAGCGGCAACAGCGGUGGAGCUGGAGCUGGUGGCGGAGGUAGUGCCGGCAAUGGCGGCGGUAGAUAUCAGUCCAGCAGUCAUUUCGCGGGCGACCGUGAAGUUUACAUGAACAACGAUGUAUCGAGACGAAAAUCGACGUCCUCUGUUCCACCUUCCGAGAAGUCCGAUUCGAGCGAUGCCGAUUCAGUCCAUUCGUUACCGAUCGAAACGAACGCCUCCCGCAAACAGCAGCAGCAAAAGCAGCAGCAGCAGCAUCAGAACCACCAAUCAAAAGGCAAAAGCAAUCAGCAACAGCAGCAGACUAGUCAACAGCGUCAGGGUUCGGGCGUAGCGGCAACGUCGCAGUCCUAUGCAGAGAUUGCACGUAUCGCUAACGUGGAGAAAGGAUCAGGAUCACAGGGGGGUAUAGGGCCAAACGGUAGCGCUUUACCUGCUGGCGCACCAGAUGGGUUGGGCAACCAUCACAAUCAUCAUCAUCAUCAUGCCGACGGUACCGCCGGGAACGCAUCUGCCCACGCAAAUAUGAUACAAGAUCUCAACUCAUCGGAAGCCUUCCCGCAACUAGUCGAAUCGCAACAAUUCCAUCCGCACCAUCACUCCCAGCCACCGCCGCAGCCGAGCCAACAGCAGCAGCAACUCCAGCUGCAAACACUUGCAUCGCAUGUUUCGUGCAAUAACAGUGGCGGAACUGUACAUAAUAGCACCAGCAGCAGCAGUGCCGCUAGCAAUAGUAGCAUUAGUAACAAUAUUCAUACGCUAGGAGGAGGUAGUAGCAUCACGACGCGGGCAACAUAUUCGCAAAGUUUGCUUACGGCUGUGAACAACUCGAACGAUGAGGCAAACAAACAGCAGCAGCAGCAGCAGCAGCAGUACGUGUCGGCCGGUGCCGGAGCAGGAACAAACGGCAACAGCAGCAAUGAAAUGGUGUCGACGGGUGGAUCAGCUCCUUCCAACAGUGGUGGACAUACGUUGAAGGCCGUCAGCGUCGACAGCACCAAAGCGUCCCUUCACAAGUCGAAGAGUGUGGAUAAUAACGAUAUCUACUACUCCAACGAACACUAUCCCGCGCUGGAGAAGACAGUGAAAAGCUACCAUCAUGCCCGGGCCAAUAACAGUGCCGAUCCGCCGCCCGGUGCGGUUGUGUCGUCGUCAACCGCGACCUCUGCAGCAAGUGUCGUCAAUGGUGGUAAAAACGCAUCGAAAUCGGCCCCUUCAUCCACGGUUGUUGUUGCUGCUGCGGGCAGCAACUCAAACUCCGCUUCCAGCACGUUAAGCUUCGGCCAGGUUGCUGCUUCGGCUGUGUCUGGCACACAAUCGACGACGUCCACCAGUGGUGCCGGUCAUGCCCCAGUGAACUCUACCGCAGCAAAGAAAGGAAAGGCUAAAAAAGAUCUCAGCGGUGCCAGUGUAGUUUCAUCCUCGUCGGCGGCUGCACCGGGACCACAGCAGCAGCAACAAUCGGACGCCGAACCGCAUGGUGGAACGGAAUCGUGGAACCAUGCCGCCGGCGGCGCCGUGAUGAUCGACACGGACUCGCAAACCAGUACCAUGCUGCCGUUUGAUACGCGAAGCCCUAUGAACGGUGGCCCGGGGGUAAGCAGCGGCAGCACCAUUCACUUCAUACAAACAUCGCCGCAACCGCAACAGCCGCCUGUGUCCGGUGGUAGCGCAUCGUCGUCGUCUGCAGGCGGCAAGCGGCACAAAAAGGACAAACAGUCCGCUGGCUCUGUGGCGGACAGAAAGACGGCCGGUUCGGCUCACAAUCCCAAUCACAGCAGCCAGUCGAACAGGAACAAGAAUCGUCCGGCGGUAAUCAUCGUGAACGACAACGAGCCAAAAUCGAACGAAUUUACCUUCGGGUUUGAUAUUGACCAGGAACUGCUGUUUGGCGACUUUAGCGAGGAGGAUCGUAAACUGCUCGAAGGCGAUGGCAGCUGUCCCGAACCACCGCCACCGAAAAGCGGCAAGGCCGGCAAGCAGCAGCGCAGGAAUAGUGCUGCUGCUGCACCUUCGCCGAGUAGCAACAGUACCGCGGUACAAACGACCGAUCUGGACUAUGCGCUGAUGCAGCAACCAUCGGCGGCCGGCGCCUUAUCUCCAAACGCGACACUAAACGAUACGCGCAACAGUAUCGGCAAGACGUCCCCCUCGUCCGGAUCCUCAUCCGUGUCGUCUUCGUCGGCAUCGCUUUCCUCGGCUACCACGUGCAACAGUUACCAGCAGCAGCAGCAGCAGCAGCAGCAGCAACAACAGUCAGCUUCACUGCCCGUGGUGCAGCUGGCGAUGGCCGUUGAUCAACCGAAUGACGCGGCCGAAACGUCGCCAGUCGAGGCCGCCACCACCGUACCCGGAGCGAACAUCUACCACCAGCCGCCACCGGUGGCGCACACCUUACUUUUCGGUAAGAUCUACACGCAACCGCCGCCCACUCUGCCACCGCCAACGGCCGCCUCCACCGUCAACCCCUCCCGAACACCAGUGGUGCGGCAUCACCAUCACCAGCCACAUCACCACAGCCAGUACGCCCUUCCACCGCCCGUAGUGGCCCCGGUGGCCGGGGCCGUGCCCACGGUGAACGCUGCAACCGUUGCCGUGCCGGUAAAGGAUGCGAACGCCAACCCGACGGUCCCACCCGUGGUCGCAGUGCCGGCCGGGCAUCUCAUCACGGUUCCACCGCCAUCGCUACUCCCGACGCUGGCCAUUGUUCCGACGUACAACAAGGCGGUGAUCAUACCGGCAGCGGCGGCAGCGGCGGCUGCGGCAUCCGCUCUUCCACCCACGGUUGCCGUGACAGUGCCGCUCGUUGCCCCGGCCGCUCCUCCACCAGCAACUGCCAUAAUUGUUGCCCAACAUUCACCGGCGGUCGGGGGCAGCAAGGAGCUGGCUGUCCUGCAGAACGACAUUACCAACAACAAUAGUGCUGGCUCCACCACCGCCCACCACAACGCGGCCCAAACCAAUGCAGUUACAACCAACAAUAGUAUUGCUCAAAGCUACCACCAACAGCAGCAGCAACUGCUACAGCAACAGCUGCAACAGCAAGCGCCGAAGGUUCAGGUAAUGACGGUGGAUACGGCGGCGCAGACCCAAUCGCACACACCGUCACCCCCGUCAUCGUCAGUAUCGCAACAAUCUUCCACGUCUUCCACGGCGGGCGCUGCCGACGGGCCGACCAAGUCCCAACCGAUGGUCGCUGUCCGCGAAAAGAUGAAGGAGAUCAAUCUGCGAUUCAUUGCGCCGGAGCAAGUGCACACGACGGAUUACAACCACGAUAAGAUUGUGUUUUUCGUAGGAACAGCAUGGGAGGACGCCAUUUGCGGCAGCAAUGGAACGACGAAGUACUACGAAGGUCAAUAAUAAUGGGUUCGCACCGUCGUUAAACCACAAAUUCAACAGCAAUAGCGUGUAGGAGGUGUGGGGUGUAGGCAGCACAACCAAGAAGGUGUGGUGUAAAAAUCGUCGUAUCUGUUGUAUCGUAUCCCCAAUCGCUAAGUCAGUUAGUUUGUAAAGAGCUGAGCAACAAACAAAGCGCGCUUACUGUGAAACGUCUAGGUCAACAAAACAAAAUGAAAGUCUAAUGGUUUACGAAAUCGAAACAAAAAAAAAAGGAAAAACAACACAAAAAAUGCUUAGCAUUCGUAAAAUAUUACACAAAA